AUGACUUUUAGGGAGGGGGACUGUGUCCCGAGUCCUCUUUCGUCUCGUCGCAGAAUCUACGGCAUUUUGUUGCCGGUCGGUAGAGAGGAGACUGGCUGCGCUGAAGAAGACUCUUUGUCGUGGUAUGAGCUCAUUCGUCAUGCAGAUGCCUGGAUCCUACUCUGUAGCCUGUCAGCCUUUCCGGUGCUGUACACGUACGGCAACCUGACGGCCGAAGAUGCCUUGCUUUUCGGAUGCAGUGCUUCGACCGAAUCGGGCCUCAACCCGGUUGACGUCAAAGAUCUUAAGACUUAUCAGCAGGUCUACCUCUACGUUGUUCCGAUCAUCACAAACAUGAUGUUUCUCAAUGCUAUAGUUGUUCCAGUGAGACUUUUCUGGUUCCGUCAACGACUGAGGCAGGCUGGAAUUGCUCGCGAAGUGACCAGGAAUGAUGAGGAAGAGGCGCGACCUGCGACGAGGAGAGAAAGCCAGGAGACGGCUUUCAUUGACGAACCAGCACCUGCUCUUGCUCCAGCACCAAGCCCGCCCUUCUCUGCUCCACAAAGAACCACUACGAUUACAUUUGAUGACAAGGCCAUUGCUAGUGGAUACUCGAGAUCCGAAAAGCAAGUUCUAAGGAUUCCGAAUCCACGAGAGUCCGACAGAGGAGCACCCAUCACUGAAAUCGAGCCUGGCCUCCGCCGCAGCUACACUGAAGAGGACCCAGAUGCUAUCAAACCUUUGCCAGAAUUUCGCAGCGGCAGGUCGCGGAGGAGCUCGUUUCAUGCUGAAGGCACGAUCCUGAGCGCGGCAACAUCCAUCGAAAAGGCGGCGACGUCAGCGUUCAUCCUCGGAAAAGUUCGUCCGGCGCCUCGGAGACGGACCACUUCGAAGUCGAGAGUCAGUGCAAACAAUAAGCUCGAUCUGCCUAAUCUUUCCCGACAUGCAACUGUCGGUCGAAAUUCCAACUUUCACAACUUGACAGAGGCCGAUCGCGAGACACUUGGCGGCAUCGAAUAUCGCGCUUUAAAGCUGCUUCUCAAAUUCGUGUUCGGGUAUUUCUUCGGGCUUCAUUUCUUUGGCGCCAUCUGCUUGCUUCCUUGGAUCCAUAAUGCACCAUCUAAAUAUCUGGACGUACUCGCAGAGUCCGGGGUUGGCGCAACUUGGUGGGCGUUUUAUUCAGCGCAAACCAUGAGCAAUAACCUCGGCUUUGCUCUAACGCCUGAUUCCAUGGCAUCUUUCAAGGAUGCCACAUGGCCUUUGCUAGUCAUGACCUUCCUGGCGUUUGCGGGAAACACCUGCUACCCCGUUUCUUACGCUGUAUCAUCUGGCUUACAUCAUUGA